GCUGCAACCAUCGCAGCCAAGCGACCUCAUUUGUAGGAAGCGGCAGAGAUCUAUCGGCCAUUCGGUUCAUUUACCCGCUUCUGUGCCAUAUUCUGAUUCGCGGUUUAUUCUGUAUGCGCGAUUUAAAUAUUUACAUUUCUGGAGUUCAAGCUGUGUUGUGAUUUCUCAUAGAAUUUCCUGAUAAUUUCUGGCGCAGUUGCUGUAUUUGUCUCCCAGUUUUUUCUAAACGAAGCACAGUAUUUGUUCCAUUUGCGUAGCUGGUAGAGGGGUUUUUGCUCAAUAUCCCUGUUUCCUGACUUUGCACUAUAGGUGUUUGAAUCAGAUAAACGACUCCAGUUGUAAUAUUGAAUAUCGGGAGAAUUAGGGUUUUCAUCGGAGCUUUGGGAUUUAUAGGGUUUAUUCUAGCAUACAUUAGUUGCUGAAUUAAUUGAAAUCAAGUUGUUUUUGAUACGGCGAGAGAAGUGCUCUCUCGAUUCCCCUCGACAGGUAAAUUAGGGUUGAUGAUGGCCAACUGAUGAUGGUGAAGCUUUUAGGGCUGACCCGUGGAGUGACAGAUGAGCCCCGGGAAAUCACUUCGAGGCCCAACCUGUCCGGCGAAUCUAGUGAAAAUGGGUGGCUUAUCAGGUUUUUCGACUCGGCAUUCUUCUGCGAGUGGAUUGCUGUUAGUUAUUUGUACAAGCAUGACCAUUCUGGGGUACGUGACUAUCUCUGUAAUCGAAUGUAUACCCUUCCCUUACAGGGAAUUGAGAGUUAUUUGUUCCAAAUUUGUUACCUGAUGGUGAAUAAGCCAAGCCCUUCCCUGGAUAAAUUCGUUAUAGACAUGUGCUCAAAGUCAAUUAAGAUUGCUUUGAAGGUGCACUGGUUUUUAUUGGCAGAGCUUGAGGACUCUGAUGAUAAUGAGGGAAUUAGUAGGAUUCUGGACAAGUGCCAGAUCGCAGCCACCUUAAUGGGUGAGUGGCCUCCUUUGAUAAGGCCUCAAAGUGAACCUUCUAAUUCUGGGAGUAAAAACCAAGUUUUGAAUAAGUUGCUAUCUUCAAAGCAGCGCUUGUUGUCACUCACAUCGUCACCUCCUGUUCAGAAGUCUUUAUCAUUCUCACCUUCUGGAAAUAAUUUGCAAGAGGAUAGUAAUCAGUUGUCUACUGAUGAGAACAACAUAUUCAAGAAAUUCAUUCCUGGUCAAAAAGUUCGGGAUGCCUUGUUAUUUAGGAAGUCUGCAGAGAAAGACGAUGAUGAUUCUGAAAAGGAUAGUUUUUUCAAGAGGCUUUUAGGAGAUAGCAGAGAUGAUGAUGAGUCAGGUUCAAAAAGACAAGAUGCAUUUCUAGUUCAGAAAUUGUCUCGUAAUAAUGAAGAAGAUUCUGAAAAAGACGGAUUCUUUAGAAGGUUCCUAAGAGACAGCAAAGGUGAGGAUGAGGAGCUAACAUCAAGUUCAGAGGGAUUUUUCAAGCGAUUAUUUCGUGAUGGUAAGGAUGAUUUUGAGGACAAAGCACGACUCAAAUCAGCAGAGGAUGAAGAGAAAGAAGGAUUUUUCCGUAAACUUUUCAAGGAAAAAUUAGAUGAUAAGAGGAAAAACAAUGAUCCAACUGACGAUGGAGAAAUUUCUAACUCUGAAGAAAAGUGUAUAAAAUCAGCUGACGAGGAGGAUAAAGGGUUUUUUAAGAAAUUCUUUAAGGAUGUAUUUGAGGAUAAGAAAGAUGCCAAUGGCAAAAUUGAAGAGAAUGCCUCCAAUGGUGAGGAAGAAGAGGCUCCUGAUGUUCCUUUGUUCAAAAGACUGUUCCGUGUGCACCCUGAAGAUGCUAAAAGUAGUUCAGCCAACGAAAACAACAGUUCUGCUGGAUUAUUUGAUCGUAGUCCAGGUACAGAGAGUUUUUUCCGCAAAUUGUUCAGAGAUCGUGACCGUUCAAUUGAAGAUUCAGAGCUUUUGGGCUUGAAAAAGCAGAAGGAGAAGUAUCCUGGAUCACCAAAGCGACAGAGUGAAAAAUCAAGCAAAAGGCCUCCACUUCCCAAUCAUAGUACAUCACAAUUCCGUAAAGGGGCAUAUCAUGAGUCAUUAGACUUUGUUCGGACAUUAUGCGAGACAUCAUUUGGGUUAGUGGAUGUAUUUCCAAUUGAAGAUCGCAAAAGUGCUCUUCAUGAGUCACUCACAGAGAUAAAUUUACAUGUAGCUGAGGCGCAAAAGACAGGAGGAGUUUGUUUUCCUCUGGGAAAGGGAAUAUACCGUGUGCUUCAUAUACCUGAAGAUGAAUCUGUUCUCUUAAAUUCUAGGGAGAAGGCACCUUACCUGAUAUGUGUUGAAGUUUUGAAAUGUGAAAUCCCAAGCAAUUCCAGGGAGGCAUCGUAUUCCCAGAAACUCUCUAAAGGUGGAAUUCCUUUGGCAAAUGGAGAUGCUUUCUUGCAAAAACCACCGCCUUGGGCAUAUCCUUUAUGGACUACACAUGAGGUGUAUCGCAAUAUCAGUGAUAGAAUGUCCAGAUCAACUGCUCAAGCGAUUGAUGAGGCAAUGACCCAUACAUCUGAGGUGAAAGUUAAAUUUGUCAGUGUAAGUCUUUCUGUGGAAACACAAUUAUGUAGCCAAGUAGAGAAGUCUGAAGUGCAUGAUCUACACGGUAACAGUCAUAGUCCUGCUACAACUCUUAAAGGGGGUGUAAUAGAAGCAUCAUCAUCAAGACAUGGCAGUGAUUUGGAGUGGGUACGAGUUGUCUUGACAGCUGAUCCUCUGGUUAGAAUGGAAGAUAUUCAGGAUCAACCACCACCACGGCUGAAGGAACAUCAUCGUGUUCCAAGUACAGUGGCCAUAGAGGAGGUCAAGGCUGCAGCAGCAAAAGGUGAAGCACCGAUCGGACUCCCUUUGAAAGGAAUGCCAAAUUCUCAUAUCCGAUAUAAUUUCAUCCAGAAGCUGAAUGGAAGUGCACCCAAGGCUGGUGAUGCUUUGUCUGGUGAACUCUGGGCGGCAAAGAAAGAGAGAAUUCAAAAGGCUUCAAUAUAUGGGAAUUUUUCUGGUUGGGACUUGCGAUCUGUUAUUGUAAAGAGUGGCGACGAUUGCAGGCAAGAACAUCUGGCAGUUCAACUUAUUUCUCACUUCUAUUAUAUAUUCCAAGAAGCUGGUCUACCUCUCUGGUUGCGGCCUUAUGAAGUUUUAUGCACUUCUUCAUAUACAGCCCUUAUUGAAACAAUUCCAGAUACGGCUUCCAUACAUUCAAUCAAAAGUAGAUAUCCCAACAUUUCAAGUUUACGUGAAUUCUUUGUUGCCAAGUAUCAAGAAAAUUCUCCGAGUUUUAAACUUGCCCAGAAGAACUUUGUCGAGAGUAUGGCUGGAUAUUCCCUCGUUUGCUACCUUCUGCAGAUUAAGGAUCGGCAUAAUGGGAACCUUUUAAUGGAUGAAGAAGGUCAUAUCAUGCAUAUUGACUUUGGCUUCAUGCUUUCAAAUUCCCCUGGUGGUGUUAACUUUGAAAGUGCUCCUUUCAAAUUAACCCGAGAGCUUCUUGAGGUCAUGGAUUCUGAUGCUGAAGGCAUUCCAAGUGAGUUCUUUGAUUAUUACAAGGUUUUAUGCAUUCAGGGCUUCCUUACUUGUCGAAAACAUGCUGAGCGCAUUAUUCUUCUAGUUGAGAUGUUGCAGGACUCAGGUUUCCCAUGCUUUAAAGGCGGUCCACGGACAAUAGAGAACUUACGAAAACGAUUUCAUCUCAGUUUAACAGAAGAGCAAUGUGUCUCUUUGGUGCUUUCGCUGAUUAGCCGCAGCCUUGAUGCAUGGCGAACGCGGCAGUAUGAUUACUAUCAAAGAGUUUUGAAUGGAAUAUUAUGAGAUGAUAUAUCAAUGGUGAUCACCAGCUUGUUUCAUUUAGACCAAGCUUUGCACGGUUUAGUGGAUGGGGGACCAUGUGAAGUGGCUUUAUAGUUUUGGCGCAGGGAAGAAUUAAUUGGCAGCAGUUUGUAGCCUCUUUUUUCAUGGGUUGAUCGAGAUUUCAAGAGAUUGGGCAAAAAUACUUCAAUAGUCUACCUGGCCUAAUUUAUAGUUUGGGGUCUUAUUUUUUUUCCUCUCAUUUCAUGCGAUGAGAAACUCUGCUGCUUGCAGAGCUUCUUGUUACCUCUAAUGCCACAAUAGUGCACAUUGUACAGUGAUUCUAACAGGGAGUAGGGGCUCUAUGCUAACUGGUUGUUGAGACCAGUGCUGAUGUAACCUGUGGUUAGUCAACGGGCUUGGACAAAAUGUUGAACAGAUGGUACCUGGUUACUUUUGGGAGAAUUCUUGGACCAACUCCAUUUUUGGGGAAGUGCUGACUCUGCCGGUCCGUGGUGUCUGUGUUCCCAAAGUUUGAUUCAUCAAUACUUGACACUGGAAGGUUGUGAGCAAGAUUCUUUGAUGAUGUUGAUUGUAUCAUGUGUAUUUGACGUUGUAGUUUGUCCACCAUGUCAAUCAAUCAUACAUGAAGUUUUGAUGACAUGUCUGGAUAGAGUUUGGUUGCUUCUUUGGCAGAAUGUAGACAGUUACUUUUCACCUAAAUGCAUCUGUAUCAAUGUCGCUUACAAAUGAUACUCUCAUUCUAAUCUUCUUUCACCUCUA